AUGGCCAGACCACAGCCUUCGCAUUGGCUUCAGGAUCUGUCAAAAUCCCACCAAUGGCGUCAUUUACUUCGCGCCACGCUACGUGAAUGCACAUACCUCCCUGAUCCCAUCGCCCGCGAGUACAUGCGAAACCAUGUCAUCUCGCGAUAUCGUGCUGUCUCCUCUCGACGUGUGAAGGCUGGUCCUCAAACAGCUCAUGCAGCAAAGCAUGCCUUCUCGGUACUACGGCGAGCCAAUGAAGGAUACCAGCGCCCACUCGAGAAAGUGUUGUUGUUAUCGUACGGUCGCACGGGAAAGAGGCGCCAUGCGCUGCUGGCAGACAUGUUAGGAAACCAUCUCCCGCAAAACACCGCCUCUUUAAAAGAAUAUCUUCUCCAAGCGCCUGAGUUUACCGAUGGAUGGGAGCCCCCGGUCAUCGUGAAAAGUCUUGCCCUCGCACACGUGCAGAACCCAGUUGUGACGACGAAUCGCAUCAGGCCUUUGAUCAAGAAGUUAUCGCCACCGAUCCCCAAGGAGAACAGCUGGGGAAAGGAACUGUCUGAAUCGCGAAGAAAGACCAUUCGGAGGAGAUGGUACAACACUACACUGAGCAGUCUCAUGCCGCCAAUUCCAAAGAAAGAGCUCGAACUGCUCGAUGGCUUGAUAUCGGGAACCGUGAAAUGGAGCCCUGUCAAGAGGCGAAAGGUACUGUUUGAAAAGACUAAACCCCAGCCUGAAAGUGAGCUCUUCCAAUUGCUAGCCAAAGGUCCUGAGAAAGGGGAUACAUUUGCCGCAUAUGCCAACGGACGGCCCCACGAGAUUACAGCCAGAUUCAUGCGCCGUCAAUGGCGCCGUCUUUCUUCUCUAGUGCCUCGUUUGUACUGGAACCCAUACUUAGAGAAAUGGCGCUUCACGUGGGAUUCGCCAAAGGACGUUCCGGCUCUCGCGUUUGAUCUGAGCAGUAGUGUUGACCCAUCGGGGAUUUUCCAAUCCCUCAAGCAGGAGGGAAAGGCUGAGCGAAAGCCGCCUCCCCAGCAAUAA